GCCGAUGUGGGUCAGCGAUGUCAUUGAAUGAUGUUCCAGUAUUAUCCGUUCCUUCAUUUCGCCUUCUAACGGGCAGAUCUGAGCUCAAAUAGUCCAAUACCACCUGCUACUAAUCUCUGCUUUUGGUUCCUCUUACUCAACGCCGCCAUCUCCAGCAAUGUUAAAGCCGUCGGCUUCAACUGGGCACGACGACCCUUCCACCCGUUGCCGCCGCGCAAGGUAGUGAAGCUCUUGAAGUCCAACAAGAUUACAGAGUUAGCUCUUUGAUUCCGAAGCGCUAGUGCUUUGAAACUCUUUCCGGCUCCAAUAUUGGCGUCACCGUCCGCUAUCCCAAUUCCAUGCUCAAGACCUACAACUCUUCCAAGAAAGCAGUCAAGAGUUGGGUCCACAAUAACGUGACCUGUUACUUCUUCACCGCCCUCGCUGGACUCCGAAUUGAGAAUGUUUGUUGUAGAUGAACCAUUCCACCAGAUGUACGGUGAACAGUUCCAUCCAUCUGUCAUUGGAGCAGCCAUCGGCGUGAAAUCAGGUUUAGCAAAAGCUAACCUAGGAAAUGAAGCAAAAGUACUGGUGGUGGUUCCUCUUCGUUCAGAUUCCGUUCACUCUGAAUCGGGUCUAACUUCCAAGGCAAACAUCAGGCCUGACCUCAACAAGACAUUAAUGCUCGAGCUCCUUACAUUCCUUGAAAAACAUCAUUCACCCUUCUUCAUUGCCAUCUCUCCCUUCUUCCUGCAAGAUAAGAACGUUUUCCUCGACUUCGUGAAGUUCAAGGAAACUGCACGCCCUCGUAACGAUACCCGCGGCAGAACAUACAGAAACAGCGACACAUGAUACUGCAGUUGUCGGCUGCACCAGCUACUCCCGGGUUUCAUGUAAGGAUGGUAGAAGGUUCAGAGGUGGGAGGUUCAAGUACCCGUGCUGCUGAAGUUGAAAUUACUAAAACCAAGAGGAAGGUAGAGAACGUUAAGAAUAAGGGGAAGGAAGUUCAGAUUUCUGAGACAGGGAAAAGGAAAAGAAAGGUUGUUGCUGGAGAGAAGCAGAAGGCAGCACCUUGCGGAAAAAGGCAGAAGCGAACUCCGGGGGGAGGAAAUGAAGCCACUUUGAACUAUCGAUGCAGCCCGAAAGAGAUUCUUAGUCAUAUUAGACCGCCUUUAUCUGAUGGCAUGAAAACAUCAAAGGAGAAUUCUAAGCUUGCUAAAAAUUAUGGUUUCAGUAAAACAGGGAAGGGGACUGUUGCUUUUGACAAUUUGAGGACUUGUAUGGGAGCAGUGAAGUCUGAUGAUUCUAGGUGGGUGAAUAUGACAACUAUGAAUGAGGAAGAGGCUAGCCGCUGUGUUAUUAAUUUGGAAACAACAUGUCAGUUGUGGAGUCCGAAACUUUUGAAGCAAAGGAAGGCAGCAAUGGAGAAGAAGUUUGGGAAGGAUUUUGGUAAAGUUUUUGUUCCAAGGGAUGCACCCAUUUUUUCUACUACUCGUCCGAAGAUGACUCAAAGUCUUAGUGGUCUUGAGGUUGCUGAAGGUGAGAAGGGUGCUGGUAUUGGAGAUGAAUUUCCAGACUUCAAUCUGAAUCUGGAUGGGAAGACUGUUCAAGAGGCGUCCGUGUUCACGUUGCUGUUGGGAGUUCGCGUUCAGGUUUGGAACAAGUGUAUAUCUCGGCUGCUGGUGGGAGUUCGUGUUCAGCAAGCCGAGUGGCUCGCGUGGGGGUCCUGGUCCUGGCGCGCUUAUGCCACGACUGUAGUAGAGUCUGUCGCGUCCUCUUCUCUUAUGCCUGCUUAUGUUCGUCGUCUGGUUCUGGAGGCGUUA